AUGGCGCAAGGAGAAGUCAAGAGCUCUGUACAAAACGGCAAACCAAACCCCAUGCCUCCAACUGCUUCUCUCCUCAGCAAGAAGCAAAAGAUAAUAGAACAUAGAAACUCACUUCCUAUUGCUUCAGUGGAGACGCGUUUGAUUGAGGAGGUGAAAAAGAAUGAUAUUCUUAUCAUCAUUGGUGAAACCGGAAGUGGGAAAUCGACUCAACUGCCUCAGUUCCUGUUCAAAGCUGGAUUCUGUCAGGGAGGAAAGAUGGUAGGGAUAACACAGCCGAGGCGUAUUGCUGCUAUGACCGUAGCUAAAAGGGUAGCUGAGGAGUGUAAUGUUGAGUUGGGCCAAAGGGUUGGUUAUUCCAUUAGGUUUGAGGAUUGUACUUGUAGCUCCACGAGGUUAAAAUACAUGACAGAUGGAAUAUUGUUCAGAGAAGCCAUGUUGGAUCCGCUUCUUUCUAGAUAUUCAGUCAUUAUUGUCGAUGAAGCUCAUGAGAGGACUGUUCACACCGAUGUUCUGCUGGCCUUGCUGAAAAAGAUACAGCGGGCUCGGUCAAAGGCUGUUAACGAGGUUGGGAAUGCAGCCUCGGAAGCACAAACAAAGGCAAGUGGUGAGGAUGGUGCAUCGAGAGGGUUUCAAGGCAGGAAAGCGUCUCCGUUGAAGCUGAUAAUCAUGUCUGCAAGCUUGGAUGCGCGAGUUUUCUCUGAGUAUUACGGUGGUGCCAAAGCUGUUCAUGUGGAAGGGCGGCAGUUUCCUGUUGAGGAUCUUUUCACUGUUCAUCCUGAAUCAGAUUACGUAGAUGCUGCUCUGGUCACAAUAUUUCAGAUUCAUUUGGGGGAGCAGCCAGGUGAUAUACUUGUUUUCCUCACUGGGCAAGAUGAGAUUGAGUCUGUUGAAAGACUUGUGAAAGAAAGACUUCAGCAUUUACCUGAAGACAGUCGGAAGCUGCUGCCACUCCCUAUCUUUUCUGCUCUUUCUUCAGAGCAGCAAAUGCGAGUUUUUGCCCCAGCGCCAACUGGUUUUCGCAAGGUGGUUUUGGCCACAAAUAUAGCGGAGACAUCGAUUACAAUCCCUGGAAUAAGAUAUGUGAUAGACCCUGGGAUGGUUAAGGCACGAAGCUUUGAUCCGAACAAAGGAAUGGAGUCGCUUCAUGUUGUUCCAGCAUCAAAAGCACAGGCGCUUCAAAGAAGAGGACGCGCAGGUCGUGAGGGCCCUGGGAAGUGCUUUCAUCUCUAUCAGGAGAGGGAGUUUGAGAAGCUGGAGGAUUCAACCACACCAGAGAUCAAGAGAUGCAAUCUCUCAAACGUCAUUUUGCAGCUGAAGUCUCUGGGAAUUGAUGAUAUUCUUGGGUUUGAUUUUAUAGAUAAACCUUCAAGGAGCUCGAUAGUAAAAGCAUUGGCGGAGUUGCGCUCGCUUGGUGCCUUGACAGAUGAGGGUAAACUAGAGAAACCCGUCGGCGAGCAAAUGUCACGGCUCCCACUGGAUCCUGUCUUCUCCAGAGCUCUAAUUUGGGCCAAUAAGCUCAACUGUCUCGAGGAAAUGCUGAUCACUGUUGCAAUGCUCAAUGGGGAAUCCAUAUUCUAUGAUCCUCGUGAGAAGAGAGAAGAGGCAAGAACUUCAAGGCACCACUUUGCUAGCGUUGAAGGGGAUCACCUAACUUAUGUUAGUGUUUAUCGGGAGUGUGAUGAGUUCUUGAAAAAGAGAAGAGAAGCUGGCGGUGGAAACAAAACUGAUAAAACCAUGAAAAAAUGGUGUAAGGAUAACUUCGUGAAUCACCGUUCCUUGAACAAUGCUCGUGACACUUACAGCCAAAUUCGUCAACAUGUUGAACAGAUGGGUUUUAAUGUGUCUUCAUGCGGAAAUGACACGCUUGAGUUUCGUAGAUGUCUUGCUGGAUCGUUUUUCCUUAAAGCAGCACAGAGACAACUGGACGGGACAUACAGGGCUUUGGAAAGUGGUGAGAUUGUCCACAUCCACCCAAGUUCGGUUUUAUUCGGUGCCAAACCAGAGUGUGUUGUAUUCGACGAGCUUAUGCAAACCAGCAAGAAGUACAUCAAGAACCUCACAAGAAUUGAUCCCUUAUGGUUGACUGAGUUGGCUCCUCACCACUACAAAACCGAAGAGUAG